AUGAUGAAUCCUCAACUGACUAAUCAAACAAGUUUAGCAUCAUCAUCGGCUGAUUCCACUUCUGAUAACAACGACAUUCAAGAACAAUCAUCACAUUCCGGUAAAACUACUGAUGAAGGAACUAUACCGAUCGAUGUUGCAUCCAACAGCGCUGAUAUUGAUGGUGCAAAUUCACAACCAUGGAUGAAUAUACCUCAGCAAUAUCUUGGUAAUGCGUACAACCUUCCACCUAACAUGACACCACAACAAUAUUAUUAUAUGACGCUGUGGUUAAUGCAACAACAACAACAAAAUGGAAACAAAACUGAUAAUGAUCCACAAAAGAAGUCCAACGAUCAGCUUCUUGGAUCGUCAUCGGGCUCCAGCAAUGAACAAGACAAAUCAACAAGUGAUCCAUCCAAUGUAUUUCCUGUAAUGUAUCCUCCAUACUUUCCAUUCGGUACUAAUAAUGGCUCUUCACAAAUUCCUUCUCUCAACGUUGCAACAACUCCAACAGAGGAUAAUUCCAGUGCAAUACCCGAACCUGCAACUCAAGAAAAGAAAACUAGAAGAAGAGGAAAGAACGCUUCCUCUUCUACAACUACAGCAAAAUCAACAAAAAAACGAAAAAACGCAUCUAAGGAGUCUAGUUCAUCUGCUGCUGCUGAAGAAAAUGCUAAUCCUACAACAGCACCUGACACACCAAAGAAAAAGAAGAAAAAAGAAACUACAUCCAGUGGUACAUCUGGAAGAGGAGCUCGUGGACUUCGUCACUUUAGUAUGAAGGUGUGUGAACUCGUUCAAAGAAAAAAAACAACAACUAUUAAUGACGUAGCAGAUGAGCUAGUACAAGCCGAACUUCAGGGAGACGAUAGCAAAUCUGAUGAUAAGAAUAUUAGACGACGUGUGUAUGAUGCUUUGAACGUGUUGAUGGCCCUCAAUAUUAUUUCUAAGGAUAAAAAAGAGAUUAAAUGGAAGGGGUUGCCUGUUGAUUCACAAAAAGAAUGUGAAGCAUUGAAUCAAAUCAAAUUACAACGUAUGGAUAUAAUAGCAAAGAAAACACAGCAAUUGCAAGAACUUGAAAAACAACACCGAUCACUGUCUAAUUUAUGCCAACGAAACUCAAGCUCAACUUAUUUGGAAUCAAAGCGGAUUGAAUUACCUUUUAUUAUUGUUCAUACAUCAAAAUCAACACAAAUAGAGUGUGAAAUGGAUGAAAACAGAUCAGAGGUGUUUUUCAACUUUGACAAGCCAUUUGAAAUUCACGAUGACAAUGAGAUUUUAUAUCGACUAGGUUUAGACCAGUCUUCAAAUUCAAUGAUGACUGAGUCAGGAGCUGCAAUAGCAGCUGCAUCUUCAUCGGCAGCUGCUGAUGAUGACUUUUUUUCAGAACCUCAACCAUCCAACAACAAUACGUCCCCUUCCAAACCUCUCCCUUCUUCAUCCAGCACAACAACAGACACCAAAGAAAUGGAUACUCAAUAA